AUGUUAUUCAUAUUUGAUGAUGUACGAUGUGAAGGACUUGAUGUGAUGAGCGCCGAAGUGAACAAAAAAAAGACACUCAUAUCACACAAGUAUGAAAUAUCAAAAGACCGUUCCUUCUUUUCGAUGGCAAUCGAUGGUAUCGUGUAUGAAACUUUGUUCCCCGAACGAAGCAUAAAACAAGUGAUCUCUCAUGUACCAUUUGACUUUUUCAAUAGGGAUGCGAGCUUUCAGAUUGGGUUCGCACGUUCCAACACAAUCAUCCCAUUGCGCCUUUGUCCUCAUGCGAUUUUUCUUUUGUUUCCCUCGAGGAGCAUCCCCCCUUCUUUGGUGAUGGAUGCCCUUUGUUCAUACACCAUACAAGGUUCCAUAUGUCAGGUAUCCUGUAACAACAGUGCAAAAAUAUAUGACGUAAAUUCGAAAGAACGCAGGUCUUUAUCAGGAAGACGUGCAUUACGAGUACGUGUGCGUGCGCAGUAUACGCUUCGCGAAUUCAUUGUUUGGCCAGAGGACUUUGUUACUGAGGAAUGGGAAUAUCAGAUUCCUCCGACCGGAACAUUUCAAAAUAAUUCCGAUCAUUGCGUUUGCCUUGUGUCUAAUAGAUUGUUCACAGACAGAUUUGGGGCUAUUGAAUAA